AUGUCAAAGAUUUUAAUCUUGCUUUUAGCUUAUUUAGCCUGCACUUUAGCUGUUUAUGGCAACAAGGGAGCUUGCAAAACUGGAAACUACACUGAUGUUAAUGUUGACUGGAACAGAUACUUAGGUAAAUGGUACAAUGUUGCUGUCAGCAAAUCUUUCUUAUUCUCUGAACCUUCUGACUAAUGCACCAUUGCCAACUACUCUUUGAACACUGAUGGAACUGUUAAGGUUGAUAAUGAAGCUAUCAAGAAGACUGGAAAGCUUUCUAAGGCUAUUGGAACCGCUAAGAUUGUUGGUCCUGGAUAACUCAAGGUCUCUUUCUCUAAAUUAUAACCUUUUGGUGGUAACUACGAAGUUAUUUAUGUUGAUAACGACUACUCUAUCGCCACUGUUGUUGGUUGCAAUGGUCUUGGUUUCCUUGGUUUCAGCGACGUUUGGAUCCUUGCCAGAGACUACAACGUUUCUCAAGAAUAAAUUAAUUCUGCUUUACAAGCUGCUUCUAACUAAGGUUUUGAUAUCUCUGAUGUCAACUUAGCUGGUAUCGCUGCUUGUGAUCGUUUAUGA